CACCGCCAUGGACAAUCAGCUCCUGUUUGUGCUGCUCCUGCUGGGGGCCAUAGGCCCACAGGGACUGGGAAAAGGGCCUGAGGAUCUUUCAGAGGAGCUCUCUGGGGAGGAAAUCCCCAAGGAGGAUGGGGUCUUGGUCCUGAGCCACCGUACCUUGAGCCUGGCCCUGAGAGAGCACCCAGCCCUGAUGGUGGAGUUCUAUGCCCCAUGGUGUGGCCACUGCAAGGCAUUGGCUCCCGAGUACAGCAAGGCGGCUGCUCUGCUAGCAAGCGAGUCAGCCAGGGUCACACUGGCCAAGGUGGAUGGACCUGCUGAGCCAGAGCUGGUCAAAGAGUUCAGUGUGGAAGGGUACCCCACGCUCAAGUUUUUCAAGGAUGGGAAUCGCACACACCCAGAGGAGUACACAGGGCCCCAGAAGGCUGAAGGCAUUGCUGAGUGGCUGAGGCGACGGGUGGGGCCUAGCGCCAUACAUCUGGAGGACAAGGAAAGUGCCCAGGCCUUGAUGGACACUAGAGAUGUGGUGGUCAUUGGCUUCUUUCAGGACCUGCAGGAUGAGGACGUGGCCACCUUCCUAGCCCUAGCCAGAGAUGCCCUGGACAUGACCUUUGGCCUCACAGACCAGCCACAGCUCUUUCAAAAGUUUGGGCUCACCAAGGACACUGUAGUCCUUUUCAAGAAGUUCGACGAGGGGCGGGCUGACUUCCCAGUAGAUGAGGAGCUUGGCCUGGACCUCAGGGACCUUUCCCGCUUCCUCAUCACACACAGCAUGCACCUGGUGACGGAGUUCAACAGCCAGACAUCCCCCAAGAUCUUCGCUGCUAGGAUCCUCAAUCACCUGCUGCUGUUUGUGAACCAGACACUGGCUCAACACAGGGAGCUGGUGGCAGGCUUCAGGGAGGCAGCUCCCCCAUUCCGGGGGCAGGUGCUGUUUGUGGUGGUGGAUGUGGCUGCCAACAAUAGCCAUGUGCUCCAGUACUUUGGCCUCAAGGCCGAGGAGGCCCCUACCAUACGUCUAGUCAAUGUUGAGACCACCAAGAAGUAUGCACCCAUCAGCGAGGCACCCAUCACUUCAGCUUCUGUGGCUACUUUCUGCCAUGAAGUCCUCCAAGCUAAAGUCAAGCCCUAUCUCCUGAGCCAGGAGGUGCCCUCAGACUGGGACCAGCGGCCAGUCAAGACUCUUGUGGGCAAGAAUUUUGAGCAGGUGGCUUUUGAUGAAACCAAGAAUGUGUUUGUGAAGUUCUAUGCUCCUUGGUGUAGCCACUGCAAGGAGAUGGCCCCAGCCUGGGAGGCGCUGGCUGAGAAGUAUCAAGAUCGUGAGGACAUUGUCAUUGCUGAGCUGGAUGCCACAGCCAAUGAGCUGGAGGCCUUCACUAUUCAUGGCUACCCUACCCUGAAGUUCUUCCCUGCAGGGCCUCACAGGAAGGUGAUUGAAUACAAAAGCACCAGAGACUUGGAAACCUUCUCCAAAUUCCUAGACAGUGGGGGAGAGCUGCCCAAAGAAGAGCCGCAAGAGCCCACAGCCUCGGCCCCGGUGGGUGUCCCACUCAGCACACUAACUCUGAAGGUCUUCUCCUGGCAAGUUUCCUGA